AUGACCCGACAGUACGUGACAUGCUGCAACCCGAGCUGCCGCUCCUGGCUUUGGUCAGACAGAGCAAGCAAAGUUAGGCACUGUAGCCUGUGCAGCACGCCGUGGCAGCAGUCGCUGAAGGCUGCAGGCCAGAGUGAUCUCUGGCCGACUGUGUGGGACGCUGCGUCUUGGAAGCGCCCGAGGCGCAAGGCGAAGGUGGCUCCCCCGCCGGGCCUCGGUGAAGGUGUUCCAGCGCCAGUGCUUGAAGCUAUCAAGAAACAUUGGCACGAACUAGAUGGGCCUGUGCAGGCCAGUCUGAAGGCUUCUGGUGUGAGUGUUGAGGUGCCUGAGCCUGAGCUUGAUCUGCAGCAGGCGUGCCUCAAGCAUCUAGACAGUUUGCCCGAGUCGGUUCGUAAGCUGGUGGCUGCGCCGCUUGAAGAGGCGAGCACAGCUGUAACCAUUGCUGACUUGAACCGCAAGUUCAAGGGUGAGACUGCAUCCCUGCGGGAUCUGGUGCAUCAAAGUGUGGUGCUGCAGGCCAGGAUUGAUCGUGCCAAGCAAAGCUAUCAGGACUUGCUUAAGGAAAUGCAGGAGUUGACAGUGAGCUUGACCAGCAAGCAAAAGGAGGUGGAGCAGCUGCAGAAGCAGUUGUCUGACAAGCUGUCAGAGGCCGAGGCGGUCCCCCAACCUCCGCCUGUUGAGGACGCUGUCUUCCAAGCAUUUCUGGGUGCUCUGGAUAAGGCUGGUGUUCAAUUGGAUCCCGAGGUUAAGGUGAAAGUGCAAGAGCACCUUGCCGUGACUGUGCCAGGGGCCCCGGAUGUUCCGAAGGAUCGUGUGGGCAGAAGCCGCAGCCCAAGGCGCAAGGAUGGUGAGGUGGCGAAUGAGCCGAUGAAAGAGGGGUAA